AUGACUGAAGAAUUCAAGAAGAGAAAAGUGGAAAAUGGGGAUGUUAAUAGUAAUGGCUCAGCUCCAACACAUCCAGAAAGAAAGGCAUUCAUAAGUCGUAUAACUAAUGAAACCAAAAUUCAAAUCUCAAUAUCAUUACAUGGUGGACCAAUUACAAUUGAAAAAUCCAUAUUAGAAAAUAAAUCUUAUGAUGCAACUCAAUCAACUUCAUCACAAAUCAUAUCAAUCAAUACAGGUGUUGGGUUUUUAGAUCAUAUGAUUCAUGCUUUAGCUAAACAUGGUGGUUGGUCAUUAAUUGUGGAAUGUAUUGGAGAUUUACAUAUUGAUGAUCAUCAUACAACUGAAGAUGUUGGUAUUGCACUUGGGAUGGCUUUUAAAGAUGCCUUGGGACAAGUUAGAGGUGUUAAGAGAUUUGGUUCAGGUUAUGCACCAUUAGAUGAAGCUUUAAGUAGAGCUGUUGUUGAUUUAUCAAAUAGACCAUAUUCUGUAAUUGAAUUGGGUCUCAAGAGAGAAAAAAUUGGUGAUUUAUCAUGUGAAAUGAUUCCUCAUUUUUUGGAAAGUUUUGCAGAAUCAAGUAGGAUUACUUUACAUGUUGAUUGUUUAAGAGGUUUCAAUGAUCAUCAUAGAGCUGAAUCUGCUUUUAAAGCUUUAGCUAUUGCUAUUAAAGAAUCUAUUUCAAGUAAUGGUACAAAUGAAGUUCCUUCAACAAAAGGUGUGUUGAUGUGA